AUGGGGGAGGGCACAGGAGGGGUGAUGGGCACGAACCCCAUUCAGCGUCUGCUCUAUGUGGAGUGGGUCCAGAUGGGUGCUUGCACCCUUAGGGUACUCAUCUCCAGGCCUCAGGAGUGGGCAGGAUCUGGGGCACUUCCUGGUUGGUGGACAGACACAUCCCAGGCAGGGGGUGCAGAGGGCUCCAGCCCCGAAGACCCUGUGCUGAGGCCCUGACACAGCUGUGGGCUUUUCCAGGACAACAUGGAAGGAACUAGCUCUGUGCCAGACCUGGCACCAGAUUUGCCAGGAGCAAGCCCUGGGACCAACCCCCAGGCUGGGGGUGCUACUGGAGCCAGCCUGCGGGUCUUAGAGCUGCAGGCUGCCGGGCAGAGUCAGGACUCAGUGCCUGACCCCAGGCUCCACGUGCCCUCGGCACUUGCUCAGGGAAAGACUCAGGCCUUCAAGAUGCUCCAGGUUUCUCUGUAUGACAUCUUGGCUAAAAGUUGCCCUAGGAAUCUUCGUAGUAGGUCUGCAGGUCUCCGAAAGAAAGCUCUUGUCUGGGAGAGGCCGGUGAGGAUGGAGAAGAGGAGUUGCCCCAGGCCCAGAGACGCCAGAGACAGGAGGUUAAAUUCUCCAGGGCGUGAUGGAAGAAGCCCCUCAGUCAGCAAGGAGGAGUCCCCUCAAAGAGGCCUGUUGUCCUCACCAGGCCCAGACCCUGUGAGGGCAAGAAACAAAAGCAGGAAGCAUGGGCAACAGGCUCGUGGCUUCCUGUGGCUUGAUCAGAGUGCUGGGGGGGAUAGCCCCCAGUCUGUGGGAGCCCCUCCCCAAGGCGCUGACCUGGAGUCCUUGGGAGAGCCCUACAGACCUCUUUCUCCCAGCGAUGCUGGGUCCAGGCCUGGGGACCCAGAUGGAAUCUGGGCAGAAUGCAUCUCAGGGACAGAGAAGUUUGGGUUUGUGCCUGCUGCAGGGAACUGGGCCCAGCCAGGCAACCCUGAUGGCUCUGUCGGGUUCCCAGUGCCCGACGGAGGAGAGUCCCACAUUCCAGCCGCUGAUCCUUCCCAGAGCCCUGCGCUGUACCUGGCAGUGUCGGGACAGGCUUCUAUAGAGCAGCAAGAAGCCCUGUGCAUGGCAGGGGCUGGCGGCAAUGAAGGCUUUGCCGCUUCAAACGACCAGGAGGAGCUGGGGGUCAAGGCUCUGCCAGCGUCCAGGGGAAGCCUGGGGCAAAUACUCACUGUUCCCUCUGACACCCAUGCCAGCUCCCCAGAAACCUUGGGCAGCCUAAACUCCUCCCUGGAGCCUGCAGCCAGCAAGGCCUGCUCACACCCCUUCAUGGGGCAGAGUCCGUCCAAGUAUGCCAAGAAGCUAAAGAAGGAUCAAGUGCCCUGUGCCCAAGACCUGGGCACAGACAGAGGCUCAGACAACUCCAACCAGGACAAACCAGAGGAAUCUAGCCCCGGAGGCUGCCCUCGACUGGAGGAAAUGAAAAUGCCCCUUGGGGUGAAGCGUGUAUGUUAUCUGGGCUCCAGGUCAGUGAUCCAGCUCCUGGGGGCUGUGGGCCACAGCCAGGCAGGGGGGCAGCUGCUACCAAAGCUGGAGGCCCUCGAGGACCUGAUGGAGGCCAGUUUACCCUCGCCUGCUCAGAGGCUUAGGAGGAAGGAAAGGCCCGUGGCUCAGGGCCCCACUGUAUGCCAGGUUUUCCGGCCACCGCCUUCAGGAGGUACAGCACGGGACUCCGGUGGCCUCUCGGAUCCCUUCCCCCCUCAGAGAAGCUGUUCCUUGCCCCUGGGGGACCUCACCUCUGAUGCUGAGUGUCCUCAAAGCGGCCUAGUGGAGGCUGAAGGGGAGGAGCCUCAGCAGCAAGGGACAGAGGAUGCAGCUCAGCUCCAACAGGAGAAGCUACCUCUGGAUUGCAGAGUACGGGGCACUGUGGUCCGCACCAUGCAGGAGGUGCUGUGGAGUCGCCUUCGGGAGUUCCCAGACCUGGCGCUGAGUGAGGAGGCGGUGGAGGGCAUCACCGCCGACAUCGAGGCAGCCCUCUUUGACCUGACACAAGGCACCAGCUGCCGCUACAAGGCCAAGUACCGCAGCCUGUUGUUCAACCUGCGGGACCCCAGGAACCCGGACCUGUUUCUCAGAGUGGUUCACGGAGAUGUCACCCCCCACCACCUGGUGAGGAUGAGCUCCAUCCAGCUGGCGCCCCAGGAGCUGGCCCGCUGGCGGGACCAGGAGGGGAAAAAGGGCCUGGAGAUCAUUGAGCGGCUACAGAUGGAGGUGUGCGGCCUUCCAGCCUCCAAGCGGACCCAUAAGGGCGAAGUCGAGAUCCAGCGGGACCUGGACCAGACACUGAGCCUGGAGGAUCUGGUGGAACCGAUGGUGUCCAUGGACUGCUGUCCACCGACUCUGCCUGCCCCGUCAGAAGACACCACGGAGCAGCACGAGUACCACUUCCUAGACCCCAACUGCCGCAUCUGCACGGACUGUGAACUCUCGAGCGAGCUGCCAGGCUCCCUCACCGGGAAUGGUGGGGGCAGUGUCUUCCAGAGAGUCCCAAGCCCAGCUCCAGAGAUGCCCAAAGCCAGGGAGAUGCCUUCCACGGAGCCCCAGGACAGGGUUCCUCUAUCUGGGCUUCAGAUGCCUCCUGUGCCCACAAAGGUCCUGCCCUGCCCACCACCCUGGGAGGGCAUUCUGGACAUGUUCUCCAUCAAGCGGUUCCGGGCCAAGGCCCAGCUGGUCUCAGGACACAGCUGUCGGCUCAUCCAGGCUCUGCCCAAGGUGAUCCGCUCCGCAGGCUGCAUCACCCCCAACACUGUCUGGGACCUUCUGGCCAGCGUCUGUCCUGCCGAGGCCAAGGACGUCUGCGUGGUCAGACUGUGCCCACACGGGACUCAGGACACCCACAACUGCCGCCUGCUCUACUCCUACCUCAAUGACAAGCAGCGCCAUGGCCUGGCAGCCGUGGAGCACACGGAAGUGGUUCUGCUGCCCUUGCCUGCCUUCCAGCCCCUGCCCACCCGACUGCGCCCUCUGGGGGGCCCAGGUCUGGAAACCACUCACUCAAGUCUGUUGCUGGCCGUGCUGCUUCCCAAGAAAGGGCUUCCAGACACAGCAGGGUCCAGCCUCUUGUUGGGGAAGGUACAAAAGACGGUCUCCUUCAACAGGAAAGUGGACAUGAGAUACUACCAGCCAGAGGGCAAGAGGCUGGAUGUGGCCCUGAAGGGCUCCCCUCUCUCAGGAGGUGCCCAGCAGCAGAGCCAGAACAAGGGCAGCCUGGCUCCAAGGGGAAGUUGUGCUUGGCAGAGGCUCCCCAGAGGCAGAGGGAGGCUGUGGGUAGAGCCUGAAGCCUGGCAGGGUCCUGGACGGGGGCGAUGGCCCUCUGAGCCAGGCUGGUGCCAUGCCCCACAUCCCUACUCAGCAGCAUCAGCUCCCUGUGGCUUGGGCCAUGGCCAGCACCUCCACAGGGCUUCCUGUCCCCACCAAGCUCUGCACCAGCACCUGAAAUCCCUGGUGUCUGUGAGUUAUCAGCUCCAAGCCUCACUGUGGCCCCUAGGCCAGGAGCUCCUUCCCCCAUCCUCUGUAGCAUCUGCCCAGCCUCCCGUAGCUCCAGACACCCCUUUCCCAGCCCCUGACUCCUCUUUGGGCCCUACAGAUGGAGCAGGCUGUGAAUGUCCCCUCCCUAGAAAGGCCUGA